AUGCCAAAGCUGAGUAAAGAGGCGAAGCAACGGCUACAGCACCUCUUCAAAGGCGGCCAGUUUGCUAUCCAGUGGGCCUUAUUCUAUCUAGGCUUUAAGAGAGGUGCAGAUCCUGGAAUGCCUGGACCAACCGUUCUAAGUCUGCUUUGGGGAUGAAGGAUUUAACCAUUGUAUUCUGGAAGUAGCCGCUGAACAAAUAAAGGAUGAAGAUAUGUCCAUUCCAUUUGUUGGGCUUUGCCACAGGCCAGCACUUCCCAGACAUCAUGGAAUAUGCUUUCAACACAAUGGAAUUUCUGUCAAUCUAAUUUAUUUGUGACACACUUUCAUUUUCUACGAAUAAAUAUUUUGUCUGAAAAAAAAAAUAUAAA